AUGCAAGUUUCCAUUCGAAUAUUAGUCAUCAGCUUACUGAUCACCGUAGCUGGGGCCGGAGUGCAGCACCAUGAUCCUCAGGAUCUUCAGUCGGCCUUCAACAUCUUUAACUGGAUUACAACUCUCUUCAACAUGGGCGGUGGCAGUGGGGGCAACAACAACCUCAACCAGAAUUUCGAAAACGGCAUAGUAACUCUAUGUCCACCCAACAUUGUCUUUGUUCUGGACGGUUCGGACAGCGUCUCUCCCAACGGCUUCCAACUGGCCAAAGGGGCACUUGUCAGAGAGAUUCGGGCCGUUACAAGGGCUUUCGCUAAAACUGACGUCAGCGUUAUUCUCUUCAGAAUAACUAAACACAUUCAUUCAUUCAUUCAGUUGGAGGAGCUGAUCCAGCGAGUCAAUAACUUUGUGCAACCUCGACGGAAGACAUCGAUUCCUACUGCACUACGGAGAGCCAGACAGUUGCUUCUAGACUACUCUGUGAGCGAGUCUAGGGCAUACAAUGGUGACCGAAGUGGCAUGGUCAUCGUGUUGCUGUCCGAUGGUCACCCGGAUAACGAACGAGCGACGAUCCAGGAGGCAAAGAUCGCCAAAGACAGAGGCAUCCUUUUUAUUGCUCUUUCGCUAGAGGACGCAUAUCUCACCCUAUUGAAGGAUAUCUCGCAUCUUGUCCAGGAAUACAGAACAGCUAUCGACUGGCCAUCAUUAGUGGCUUGCCCAGAAAGAGAUCUUGAACCAGUUCCUAGAGGUUCAGGUAAGUGGACAAUAAUUAAGUCAUCUUUACCAUUGUUUUUGGAAAGGGGCAUGUGUAUACUCAACAUCCUCUUUUUUCCCCUAACCCCUCCACCCUACUCUA